AUGAGGGAGCUGCCGCAGUUGCCGCUCGCCCUCCACCCGCCGCAUCUGAUCCCUCCGGCGCCCACCCCCGACCACCGCGCUCUCUCCUUCCUCAACGACCUCGGCGGCCUCUCCUGGGUCGCCUACGCCGCCGGCUCCCUCCUAGCCAUCUCCCACCUGCCCUCCCCACCCCGUACCAGCGGAAGCGCUACCACCGACGAAGAAUCCCCAUUCUUCCGCCAAGUCAUCGACCUCCAAGCCCCCGUCUCCGCCGUCGCCUGGUGCGGCCAUGGGGGAGGCGAGCUCGCGGCCGCGUCUGCCAACUCCGUCUCCUUCUUCCAGCCCGCGCCCUCGUCUUCUGCAGGUUCCUUCAGUUGGCUUCUGAGAUGGGCCAUCACCGAGACGUUCACGGUCACCGCCGUUGCCUGGACGGGCUCUGGCGACGGCAUUGUGCUGGCCGGUGAGGGCGUUUCCAUGUGGGCCAAGACACAGUCCUCCUGGCAGCUCGCUUGGAGGUCCAUGCCACAGGUGCCACAGUCCCUCGUUUCUGCUACCUACUUCAUCCAUGGCCCUGUCGUAGCCGCUUCAGCUGCUGCUCCUUCCGAGGGCAAUGUGCCUGUUCUGGUCUUUCUGAAUGGUGCCAAACUGGGGCUCGACACAGCUGAGCUUCCGCAUCCUCAGCCUGUUUCCAUGAUCCAGUGGAGACCUUUGGCAAUAUGUGCUGAUGAUCGGUCUGAAGUGAGGAGAGAAAUCCUCAUGACUUGCUGCUUGGAUGGAACUGCCCGCCUAUGGACUGAAGAUGAGGUGACCAGGUCGAAGAAGCACCGUGCACUGCCAAGAUCUUUCAGUGUCAUUGCAGUAAUCGAGUUGAACAAUGUUCUAAAUGGAGUGCUUGGUGUUGAUUUAACUGUGAGAUGGGUGGUAGAAACAGGAAGAUCCGUAUCGCAAGAGGACCAAGGUAAAUUCAACUUGUUUUCAGGUGAUCCCUCGGAGAGCAAGGUUGGCAAAUGUGAGUGGCUGGUAAGCAUUGGUCCUGGGCAAUGUACCAACUUUUGGGCUGUUCAUUGUCUUGAUGAUGUAUGUCCACCAAGGUACCCACGGAUUACGCUAUGGAAACAGAGCAAACCACAUGAGGAGUCUGCUAUUAACUUGGGUUCCCCGGGAUCAUUUUUUGUUGAGGCUGUCAUAUCAAGAAGGAUAUGUUCUGGGCCACCUACAACAUGCUCCCUGCUUCAUUUGCUGCCUGAUAGUUCUUUCAUUUGGUCCCGCCUGUCUUUUGGCCCAUCAUCAGAUACUGGGACCCAUAUUUCAAAUGAUUCUUCUAAAACAAUCUCAUGUUGUUCAACCAAAACUAUUAAUCAAGCUGGACAUAAGGGUAGCAUCAUAGAGGUGUCUAUUCAUCCAUACAGCUGCGAAAUAGAGCUAGCUGUUUCUAUGGAUUCUAGCAGAGUACUAUUUCUCUGGUCUCUUUCAACCUUAUCAACUCUCUUACCGACCUUGCAUGCAUCCACUUAUCCUUUAUGGAAGCUCCUGUGCAAAUUUGAUCUGCGUGACAUUUCUGCAGAUGUGCACUACUCAUGUCUGUGUUGGGCACCUUCUGUUCUCUGUGAUACAAGGUUUCUUGUCUUGGGAGGUGAAAAUGGAGCCGAUUGUUUUGUUGUCAGAAUCCCAAAGGAAGGCGAUGUUUUCUCAUGUCACAAGAUGUUCACAGUUCCUUUCCUUCGAGGGAGUAAUACAGAAGGGCCACCUGACAGCAUUCAUACCAUACCUUUAGCUUCUAACUGCAGCAAACCUUUUUUCAACAACAGCUUCCUAGUAGUAUGUGUAUGGCGGAAGAGUUUUCAAGCUUUAUCAUGGAAAAUAAUCCUGCAUUCAGAAAAGCGCCAUGAAGAAGAGGGGUGUUUGUGUGAUCUUUCUGCCAGUUCACUUUCCACUGCAGAUCAAGGGAGACAUGUUACUUCCGUCCGCGGUGAAAAGUUUUCAGCUGUUAUUUAUGAAGGUUCUUCGGUUUUCCCUACUGGCCUGGAUGGAGAAUAUCCUACCUGCAUUUCUGUUAUGUCGCUCAAUAAUGCUGUAUUACCUCUACAACAGCAUGUACCUUCUGGAGCUUUCCCAGGUUAUCAUAUUGCUACCGGGUACUCUGAUGGCACUGUAAAACUUUGGAAGAUGUUUGGUGUAGAUGACCCAGAGCAGACUGGGAGAGAGAGCAACACCUGGGAGCUAGUUGGCAUGUUCAGUGCUCAUCGGGGACCAAUUAGUACAAUUUCACUAUCCAGAUGUGGCAGAGUUGCUACUGUUGGCAGAAAUGUUCAGAAGAAUAGUACCUCCAUUCAUAUCUGGGAAGCAGUAAAACUCAUGGGAGAUGGUUGUUUUCUCCUGGAAGAUGCACUAAUGAUUCAAAGCCCUGUUGUUGGUUUAGAUUGGCUAUCUUUAGGCGACGGUAGAUUCUUACUUGCAGUCUGUUUUCAUAACGAGUUGCAUAUAUAUUCCCAGAGGCACCCCUCAUUUGAGAAUGUGCUGCACGCUGUGAGUUUGGAAAAUAAGCAUAUUUGGAGUUGUAUUGCAUUAGCCCAUUCUCAUCAUGAUGUUGCUGGCUUCCAUUGGGGGCCAAAGUCGACAAUUCUGCUUGUUCAUAAGAAUCAUCUUUCACUCUUCAGUUCAUGGUUAGUAAGAGGAGCAAAUGAGCAUAUUACCCGGAAAGGUUUUUCUUGUGCUACAGAUGUGCAUGAAGAGUUGCCAUGUAUUGUGCAUUUUAAUGGAACUAUCUUUGGUAAACUUGGGUUAUCAGAAAAUCACAUCAACAUGGAGACUAUUGAGAACAACUGUACACUGUUACCAGAUCAACACAAUAUUCAUUCUCCUAAUGUUUUGUGGAGCUUGUUGGAUAUAUCUGGUAUUCUGAGUGGACCUUUGCCAUCAUAUCACCCAAGAGCACUUAUCCAGUAUCUUUAUUCAGGUGAAUGGAAACGUGCAGAUGGUGUUCUGCAGCAUCUUGUUCAAUCCAUGAAAACGAGUAAAAAUUUAGACACCAUGUUUAACUGCAGUUCGUGCAGUAAAUCCUGCCAUAAUAUCCCUGACAUUCCUUUGCCGCAGUACUUUACUGAUACACCAUCAAGUGACAUUUCUAGCAAAGGGUUACUGUGGGGUGACAAUAGAAGUAGCACAGCCUUUAAUUUGCUGUCACCAUCAAAUUCAUUUUCUUACAUGGCAAGUGAUUUAGGUAUCAACACUAUCACUAGUGUAUCUCAAAAGUCAGAGAUAAACCAGCUGCUUGAUAAGAGCUUUGGCAUGUUGGCGAUAAGUGACAGUGAGAGAAUACAGAUACUUACAGUUUCUGAUCUGUUGGCUGAAAUUACUGAUCAGAACCGCGCUUCUCCCUAUAAAAGCCUUGAUGAAGCAGGACGAAGGUUCUGGAUUGCUGUGCAGUUCCAGCGCCUAUAUGCGCUUAGGAGAUCUGGAGAUUCAUCAAGUGUUGAAGGGCGCCAUGUUGAUUCUGCUUCAAUUGCAUGGGCCUUCCAAUCUGAUUGUCAGGAUGAUCUACUUAAUUAUGUCCUUCCUGCAGAAUCAACUUGGUCAGAGAUGCAAAAACUUGGUAUGGGAUUAUGGUAUACCAAUGUGUCCCAGCUAAGAACCAGGAUGGAGAAGUUGGCAAGGUUGCAGUAUCUUAAAAGCAAGGACCCCAAGGAUUGUGCUCUGCUUUAUAUAGCAUUAAACAGAAUGAAAGUGUUAGUUGGCCUAUUCAAGGUCAGCAGAAAUGAAAAAGAUAAACGUCUGUAUGAAUUUCUCUGCAGAAACUUUGAGGAAGAAAAAAACAAAGCCGCUGCUCUUAAGAAUGCUUAUGUACUACUGGGAAGGCAUCAAUGGGAGCUUGCUAUAGCAUUUUUCCUGCUUGGAGGUGAUGCUUCCUCAGCUCUCAAUGUUUGUGCCAAGAAUCUUCAAGAUGAACAGCUUGCUCUUGUAAUUUGUCGGCUUGUUGAGGGAUCUGGAGGGCCCUUGGAGCGUAACCUCAUUUCGAAUGUGCUGCUCCCUGAUGCAGCUGAGAAAGGAGACCACUGGCUCUCAAGCCUGCUUGAAUGGAUGCUAGGGAACUAUUCUCAGUCUGUCAGUAAAUUGUUUGGCUGCCAUCCCAAGCUACUGUUGGAUGAAUCCAACACUCGUGGUGGUCAAAAUGUGUUUGCAGACCCAGAAUUGGGUCAGUAUUGUGCAAUCCUUGCAACGAAACAUAGUUUCAGAAACAGUGUUGGUGAAGCUCUAUCUGCAAAGUUAUCCAAGCUUUCAUUUGCACUGGCUGCAUGUGCCUUAAACCGAUGUGGACUACCUCUUGAAGCACUUGAAUGCCUAUCUUGUAAAUCAAGCAUAGAUUACAAGGACAGCACCAGCUCACCGCAUGGUGCACAUGACAAGAUUCUUGAUGGAAUACUGAACCCUUUUGAUGCUUCUUCCAAUUGGCUUUCAUCAAUGGUUGUUAGUGAUUUUGAAUCAAAUCUAAGAGUAAGCAUGGCUUCAAAAUAUUUGUCGCGCAUGCUAAGAAACCACUCUCUCUGUUCCGAAUGUAGUCUACCACUAAAUAAAGACAUGGCCCUUAAAGAGCAAAGCAGUCAUAGCAUCGAAGAACUUACACGUGAUGUUACUGCUGCAAUUUCAAUAUUUGAUAAAAGGUUCUCACUCCAAUUUUCUGAUAUAGCCGAGAAGAUCCUUACCUUCUGUUGCAAUGACGGUAUACUGUUUCUUGCAUACAUUUUGUUAUUGGGUCGUAGAACACCAGAUGGUGGAACUAAUAGUCAUGGUGUUGAAGGUUGCUCUGUCCGUCCAACUGACUAUCUUUUGUUGGUGUCAUGCAAGGAGAGUUGUAAAUUUCUUACUCGAUAUCUUGUCUCCUGCUGCUUCAUCUCCUCCACUCUUAAUACAGACUUCACCAAAUUUACUGCAUGCACACCUAAGGAGAACAUUAAAUACACUAUAGCAAGUUUAUCACAUUUCCUGAGUACUAGCAGGUUACUCCUGAAACAGGGCCACGGUAGAACUUCUGGAUUGGACACUACAUCAGCUCUAUCCACUGUUAUGGAUCUCCUUGAGUACAAUAUGGAGUUUUCUGUUUCUUGGCUGUGCCGUGACAUAAAAGCGUUACUUAUCAUGAUCAAUCCAGUGUUAGGCGCUUCUAUCAAUGAAGAGUCCUUGCAAGUACUAUUAGAUCAGUUGAUGCAAGCUGCACAACGUAGAAGUCAUGGUAUAUCAAUUAACACAGAUGCGGUAAUGCCUAAUGGUCCAUUUGACAUGAAACAACCGGAAACAAGUGAGGACUCAAGUCUUUCAAUUGAUGAGAAAUGGCAUUUGAUAGGCAUGUCUUUGUGGAUUGGACUGUCAUCCUUCAUGAAACAUCAUUUAACUGAGUUCAUUGGAAAAGAAAGACCUGAACUUGAAGCUAGUACAAGUGAUGUGGAAUUGAAGGGUCUCAUCUCUUCAGUUGGCGCAAAGCUUGUUAUUGAUUCCCUGCAUUUUGUGUCAUCUUCGUUGGUAAAACUUCAUGCAUCAUUUUUCAGACAGAAGUUAUCAAAGAAUGUACAUCUAAGUGUGCCUUUCUGGUUAGAAUAUAUGUCGUCUCAGCAAAGGUCCGAAAAGACUAGGCACGAUCAGUUCGCACAUAUCGUACAGUGUGUAAACACUGAGAACAUGGAGGUGCUAUUUAAUAUUUUAUGGGAAAUAUCUGCUAACCCUGUUGACAUUUGCACUGCCUUUGUGAAUGAAGAAGUCAAUUGCUUUCCGCUAAACAGCACAAAGCUCAGUAGAUCUUGGAAGGAUAUGGUCAGAAAUGGAGGAGAAAAUAAAUGCAGCAUUAGCUCUGAGAACAAUGAGGAAGGGCGUGGAUUUAUUGACAAGGCUUCUUCUGAUGUGAAUACUCUUGAACCAAAAAGAAAAUACUUGAUCGCACAAAAUGAUUUUCAGAGCCCAAGGGAACUUUUAAGGAGAAAUGGGGAACUCCUUGAGGCAAUAUGUCUCAACUCAAUCAAUGAACAGCAUGCUGCUAUUGCUACCAACCGAAAGGGUCUUGUAUUUUUCAACUGGUACGACAAGCAACAUGACAAAAAACCAGCGGAGUAUAUUUGGUCAGGUUCUGAUUGGCCAUCAGAUGGCUGGGCUUGUUCUGAAUCCACACGUACACCUACACCUGCUGCAACUCCUAUUUCACCUAGUGUUGGUCUUGGGAGAAGAGGACAGCAUCUUGGUUCAGAUGGAGUGACUAUAGGUGUAGGUUCUUUGGCAAAACCUGGACGAGACUUAACUGGUGGUGGAGCAUUUGGAAUUCCUGGUUAUGCUGGUAUUGGGGCCUCUGGGUUUGGGUGGGGUGAACCCGACGAAUUUGAGGAUUUUGUUGAUCCUCCAGCAACACUUGAGAACAUUCAUUCAAGAGCACUAUCACGGCAUCCUUCUCUGCCAUUUUUGCUAGUUGGGUCAAGCAAUACACAUGUGUACUUAUGGGAGUUUGGUAAAGAUAGUGCAACAGCUACUUAUGGUGUUCUCCCUGCUACUAGUGUUCCACCACCUUAUGCACUUGCUUCCAUAUCAGCUGUUCAAUUUGAUUAUUAUGGGCAGCGGUUCGCCACUGCUGCAUUAGAUGGUACAAUUUGUACGUGGCAAGUUGAGGUGGGUGGAAGAAGCAAUGUACAUCCCACAGAGUCAUCUCUGUGCUUUAACGGCCAUGCCUCGGAUGUUGCUUAUGUGGAUGCAAGUGGAUCUAUUCUUGCUGCAGCUGGAUGCAAUUCAAAUGCUGCAAAUGUUGUUGUCUGUGACAUGCUAGCUCCACCAGCCACAUGUCAAAAUUCUAUCGUGUGUCAUGAAGGAGGAGCACGUUCUCUUUCUGUGUUUGAUAAUGAUAUAGGCUCUGGAACCAUCUCACCGCUGAUUGUAACUGGUGGGAAAAGUGGAGGUGUGGCAUUGCAUGAUCUCCGGUUCAUUUCUACCGGAAAGAGUAAGCAUCACAAAACUACCGCUGGUGGUAGUUCUAUUGGGAUGAUUUGGCAUAUACCAAAGGCUCAUUUAGGAAGUGUCACCAGUUUAUCAACCAUUCCAAAUACAACCCUGUUCUUGACUGGGAGCAAAGAUGGGGAUGUGAAGCUUUGGGAUGCAAACAAUUCCCAGCUGGUCUUUCACUGGCAAAAGUUGCAUGAGCGGCACACAUUUUUUCAACCAACCUCCAGGGGCUUUGGUGGUGUUGUUAGGGCUGGUGUAACAGAUAUUCAAGUCUUACGUAAUGGCUUUGUUUCGUGUGGUGGUGAUGGAUCUGUGAAGCUUGUACAGUUAAAGAAUGAUUUUGCUGCAGUAAAUCUGCUCUAGAGCAAGCAAGACAGGAGAUACGUUCUACAUAUGGUUUUAUUGUGGUGAAAGUGUUUGUUGAUUUAAUAUCAUCCUGAAUGGUUUUUCCAUGAGUUGUUCCACUCUUGUGAGGGAUGGCACAGCAAUGGUGGGGCACAUUUUAGGGAGCUGGGCAAAACUAAACAAUUCAAUGUGACCUAUAUCUAUCUCAAGUUUAUAUAGAAAGGAGUUCUGUCUGGAUGGAGGACACGGGGGGGGGGGGGGAGUUCUCAAGCCUUGUGUAUAUAUUGGGUUACUUGUGUUUCUUGUUAGGCAACAUAAUCUUUGCAAUCUGCACCAGAAAUUGCAAAUAGAACUUUUUGUAAAUGAGGGCAAGCUGUCUUGAUUUGUUGACCAGGAUGAGUAUUCUAGAAGUAAAGCACAUGUAGGAGGAUGUAAAGUAGAAGUAGGGUGGCAUCAAAGUACAUAAUAUUUUGGUUGUUUGUUCGCACAAUACAGAACUGCUGAAUACUCUGGCUGAUUCAUGAUAUUACAGCCAUGUGGUAACUGGAAAUGUGGUCUGGUUUGUACAUUUAUAUGGCUACGAUAUUUCAAUAUUUGUUUAUGUUUUAAUUAUCAUACGAUCUAA